GCCACAGCGAACGGACGCACUGCGCGGGCCAACUUUUAAAGCCAUAUCGAACUUCAAUUCGACCAAUGACUAUUUAUAGACUGCGUUUUGUUUACGUCUCGUGACGCGUGUGCGAACUACACAACAACAACAACAAGAAUAACAAACGCGAAUCAGUGUUUCAAGUGAUAAAAAAGAAAACAACAAAUAAAAGAAGAAUAUUCUCAAAUGUCGCUAACCAGCACUACUACGGAUUAUCCGCUGCCGGAGACAACGGUCAGCAGCGGGGAGCUGUACGCAGAAUACAUCUCCGCACCGGCGAGCAGCAUGAGUCCCGCCGCCAUCGCGGAGCACAUGCAGCAGAAUCAAAUCACAUUCGAGAUACCCACAGCGCACGAUCUGCGCCACAUUGACGCGCUGCACUCGUUCAACACGCUGCUGCAGCGGAUUGGCAAUGCGGCCGUUACCUAUGACUCGUCGCCGCCGGCCAGCAUCAGCACGGAGCAGCUGUCCAAUUCGGUGGUGCUGGAUCUGGCGGAUCUGCGCGAGCACAACGAUGCGGACGGCAAUUCCGUGUGGGAGCAAAUCUUUGGCGAUGCGGACAUGCAUGCCAUUGUCAACUAUCUGUGGAUUGGCGUGGUCACCUCGCUGGUGGUGCUUUCCCUGGUCUUCAUCAUGUUCAGCUGUUAUUUCUAUCGCAAGUUUCGGACAUGGAAAAAAUGCAACAAGGACAUACGCGCACAGAUUCAUGCCGCCGACGACUCCUACUCCUCGCAUGGCGCCAGUCAUCACCUGAUCAGCUGCCGAUUUCUGCAGCAGCCUGCCGGUGGCAGCUCUGCCGACAGUGCAACAGCCGGGGGCAAUGAAGCGGCCUUCUAUCAAAUUGAAUCGCCGCCCUGUUACACAAUUGCCACCGGGCUGCCCAGCUACGAUGAGGCGCUGCAUCAUCAGCCGCGUCAUUUUGCCUACGGCAUGAAGUUUGUGUAUCCCAGCCUGGCGGCUGUGCACCAUCAUCAUCAUCAUCACAAUCACAGUCACAAUAAUCAGCGUGCGUGCAUUAGCAACUGGGAGAAGGACGCAGUGCAGCAGUGCAGUUCGAAUAAGCUGCAAAAGUGCAAACUGUCAGCAACAGACGACCAGACGCAGACGCUGACACAGACACAGACGCAGGCACAGACGCAGGCACAGACACUGGCGCAGGCGGAGGACAAAGCCUCGCCAGCCAUUUGCAUUAACAUGCCGGAUGAGCUCGAGCAGCGGAAUGAGCUGGUGCAUCGAAAUGUGGCGUCCAGUGCAGCGUCGACAGCUGCGGCAGAAACUUUGCUGCCGGCGGCAGCUGUUGAUGAUGAUUGCGCCUCAUUGGUUGUUGUUGUUGCCGCGUGAUUGGCCACCAACUAAAGUGCGUUGGGGCAAGGGCCACGGCCAGGGUAAGGGGACAGG